AUGGAUCCAAACUCCAUCUUGCUUUCUCCUCAGCCCCAGAUCUGCUCCCACCUGGCAGAAGCCUGCAUGGAAGGUGAGAGAAGCUCAUCUCCUCCAGAGCUGGGUAGAGACUCCCAGUUUCCCUGGAGCCAGGUCCCCAGCUCCAGCCCUGCAGACCCUGAAUGGUUUGGUGAUGAGCACAUCCAGGCGAAGAGGGCCAGAGUGGAAACCAUCGUCCGAGGCAUGUGUCUCUCCCCAAAUCCUCUGGUACCAGGCAGUGCACAAGCUGGGGACAGCCCAUGCUGCCCAGAGAAGGCCCGAGAGAGGAAGAGGAAGCAGAGCCUUCCCACACAGCAAGGCCUCCUGAUGCCACUCCCUGCCUGGGACCAGGGCAACAGGAAGGGGGGCCCUCGUGUGAGAGAACAACUUCACCUGCUGAAGCAACAGCUAAGACAUCUGCAAGAGCACAUCCUACAGGCUGCCAAGCCCAGGGACACAGCUCAGGGGCCAGGAGGCUGUGGCACCGGGAAAGGCCCUCUGAGUGCAAAGCAGGGGAAUGGCUGUGGGCCUCACCCCUGGGCUGUGGAUGGUGACCACCAGCAGGGUUCCAGCAAGGACCUCUCUGGGGCAGAAAAACACCAAGAAUCUGAGGAGCCCAGGUUCCUUCCUUCUGGAGCACCAGAUUCGCUGGAGAUUCUGAGGAAAGAGCUGACCAGGGCAGUAUCCCGGGCUGUGGAUUCAGUAUUACAAAAGUUCAACCGCUGCAUUACCUCCCAGAUGAUCAAGUGGUUCAGCAACUUUCGUGAGUUUUAUUACAUCCAAAUGGAAAAAUCUGCCCGGCAAGCAAUUUCAGAUGGUGUCACAAAUCCCAAAAUGCUGGUGGUUCUCCGCAAUUCAGAACUUUUUCGAGCUCUCAAUAUGCACUAUAACAAGGGAAAUGACUUUGAGGUUCCAGAUUGCUUCUUGGAAAUCGCCAGCUUGACGUUACAGGAGUUCUUCAGGGCUGUCUCCGCAGGCAGAGACUCAGAUCCUUCCUGGAAGAAACCCAUUUAUAAAAUUAUUUCGAAACUGGACAGUGACAUCCCAGAGACAUUCAAAUCUUCCAGCUAUCCCCAGUAGCUGUUUCGGGGUUAAGAUCUCACAAUGUGAGUGACUGGCUAGGGUUUCCUGGGUUUGUCUUAAAUGGCAAUAUAGCUGUAGUCAUAUAAAAAGGGCACAAGGAAAUCUCCUCUACCAAAAUAGGUACUAUUACCAUUCUGAUCAUUUAUUUCCCUUUCCAGAAUCAUCAGAAAUUGAACUUUAACUAUAAAAUGGACUAACUGUAUUGGUAGUAUAUUGUAAAAGGAACACAAGUUUUCAAUCAGAAGACUUGAAGCUCAACUCCAUUGUUUCCAGGUGUUGUGACCCUGGGAACUUCCUGGUAUCUCUGCAUCUGUAAAAUGAGGUUGUUAAGGAUUAAAGGACAGUAUGUCCUAUGCAAUGUUCUUCACACACAAAUGUUAGUUUUUUGAACCCCUCUUUCAGAUAAGGUUAACUUAUUAGGGGUUUUUACAAAUUGCUGUUUUUAGUCUCCUACUUAUAAAACGCCAUCUAUUUGCUAGAUACUUUCACAUACUUUAUCUUUAAGCUUUUCACCCUGAAAAGUACUUAUUAUCAUCAUUUAAAAAAAUGACCAAACAGAAGCUUUAGAACUGCAAGGUAACUCGCCAAAGCCUAUGAGGCCAGGGCAUCUGGGUUGAUAGGGACAGUCAGGAGCCUGGAGGAACCAAGACUUUCUGAUGCCCGACUGCAUGCUGGACCCAUCUCCUGCAGCUAACUCAGGAUCUCAGGUAGGACCCCACCCCUAGUAAGCAUCCAGCGCUGACAGGGCACCAUCACCUGACAACUCCUGCCCAGCACUUAGGAGCACUUCACCGCCCAAGAUUUCUGCUGAUCAUUUCAGCAAACUCAAGACAAACUUUCUGCAGGACUUGAGUGUUGCUGUUUAUUCACAUUUGUCUGCUGGAAGAGUUUAUCAGCUGGAUAAUGCAAAUAGUCUCCAGUUGACCAAUGCAAUUGGUGCCCCAACCUCAUAUAUGCAGAAGCUGAACUUCAGACUGUGAAAGGUAGAAAGGGCCUUAGGAGAUCACCUGGCCCACGCUGCUUAAAUUAGGAAGGAAGAACUGUGGUCCAGACAGGAGGCUUGCACAGGCUGUGCACAGCCUUGCAGAUGAUAAAUGGCAUAACUGGGACAAAUGCAGCAUCACACAGAAAUGGAAAUUCUCCCACUCCGUAACAAAAUUACAGUCCAUGGCUGACCUUCCACUGAUGAAGGAAUUCAUGAAAUCAACAUUUACCCCACUGCUGGCCCAACACAAAUUGUGACCCACUCUUGAGCAUACAGGCGAGACACGUACAAAGCUGAGUAACUGCAUCUGUCUUCUAAGCUAGUCAGGAUCAAGUCUUUGUAAGCACUGCCAAAGGUACGGGGGGUUGGGUGGGGGUAAUACAUAGCUUGGGCUUUGUAGUCCUGAUAAGGGGUGUCUGUGAGUUCAUUAGCUUCUUUCCUGUCUAUAUAAAACAAGUUUCAUAUUUGGCUACUCAAAUUCCAUGAUUUUUCUGUUGGGGCGCUGCUGGAGCAGAUGAGAUAAAAUCCCUAAACUAUUACUAGAACUAUCAGCAUAAAAAGGUAUGAAAGAUGAAUUUUCCUUCGAAUUUUCUCUUCAAACAGCUGAAAGGAAAAACAAAACAGACUUAGCCCAAACCCAUCUUUACAGGCUAAAGGUUAUUAAGCGCCCUCCAAUACAUCCAACUGCACUCAGAAGAUCUUUGCCCUAUUUUCACAAAAAUGAAGGAAUCUGCCAAACCUAAGUUUUAAACACAGGCAAGCAUGGAGUGCUCUGAGCACGGGCAAUCAGUUUUCUGUGUCUGGAGACAGUAGAAGAACCCUCUAUCCAGAGUGACAUUACAUACCUAAGUUAGGCACACAGGGGAAACAAGUUCACAUGAUUGUCCAAUUGAGAGCAGCCCUUCUUCUGUCCCAAACCUGAAAUUCAUUAGUGUGUGUUUAAAGGCUGAGCCAAGUCACCUCCAGGGCAGUGAACCUUGUCUCAGGGACCAAUUAGAUGAAAUGUACAAGCUCAAAUUGAAAACAUUUGUGUAUUGCACUCUUUCCAGGAAGUGUUCUCUAACCACUGAGCUAAACACAGAAGAAUGUAUAAAUACAUAUGCUCUGCCAACAGAAGAAUUCUAUUAUAAUUUUCUGUUUCUACCAAGUGUGUAUCCCUCUGUGUUGGAAACACAUGGAGUGUAAGCUGAGUGGGUUAUUAUGUUCUUUUAGCAAUCACACUUUGCCAAAGGUCUGGUCAUUCUUUCCAUUAAGGUAUAUGAGG